AUGGCCGUCUUGUUCGCUUUUUUCUUAUGGGCCAUGGCCAUGGGCUUGUGGGUAUGGAAAGUCAAUCGAGGCAUGGCUACGACGCCUCCCGAAGCUCUCAAACAUGCAACAGAUAGCCCAUGGCGCGCAGAAACGGCGAAGGAAACCUAUCAAAGGAUGGAGAAACAACCUUGCGACUGGGGCCCGCAUCUUCCGCCCAAGCUUGCAAGGCGCUAUAUCGUUGUUGGAGGCUCAGGUUUGGUUGGUGGCCAAAUUGUACUUCAGCUCCUACAACGCGGUCAGGCGCCGUCGUCAAUCCGUAUCAUUGACUUUGUUCCACCAACACGGGACGAACUUCAGAUCCCUCUAGCCAGAGAGGUGGAAUUUGCCCAAACCGACAUUUCGUCUGAAGCCUCUACUCUUGCCGCAUUCAAGAAGCCGUGGCAAGCAACUUCUGCCAAGCUCCCCUUAACUGUCUUUCAUACUGCUGCUGCUAUCCGACCUUCAGAACGCCACCCCUUGGUGUACGACCGCCAUGCCCGUGUCAACAUUGGCGGCACCGCCAACGUACUUUCUGCUGCGAGAAGCUCUGGAGCCGACAUCUUCAUCUUCACCUCGUCCUGCUCUGUGGCACUCCGUCCCGUGACCUGGUUCAGCCCUUUGUGGCGACGUUGGCCGACCAACAUUGUUCAGACGAUGACUGAGGACGACUUCUCUGCCCCAUUGCGACCGCACGAAGAUUUUCCCUCCAACUAUGCGCGUAGCAAAGCCGAGGCUGAACGUCUUGUCUGCGCAGCCGACUCCCCUGUCUCGGGCCUGCGUACUGGUGCCAUCCGACCUGGCAACAGCAUCUAUGGCGGCGCAGGUGACUUCCUCGUUAGUGCCACCUUGAAUCUUCCAACCCUUCCUACCUGCACAGCUCCUUGGGUACAGAAUUGGGCUCACGCAAGCAACGUCUCCCUCGCUCAUUUACUGCUCGAAGCCGCGUUACUGGGUCCUCAUGUGGACAAAGCACGUAUUGCUGGUCGGCCCUUUCUUGUCACCGAUGCGGGACCCCCCUUGCGCUUCGAUGACUUUUACACCGCCAUGAAGGCCGUGUCCGCCACAUUUCCGACCGUUCUAUACCCUCCGCCAGUUCUGAUGAUGGCGAUUGCGCGGAUUAUCGAAGUCUGCCCUAUCGUCGGUUAA